CUGUGUGUGAGGAAUUUACAUUAAGCAAAUUAUGCAUACUUUAGGGGCCUUAUGGAAUUUACAAGGAUCAUGUUAGCCUUUUCGGCUCUUGUUUGGGCGUUACUUCAGUGAGAUGAUGGUCAGUGAAUAAUUCACUAUAAACAUCUUAAACACUUUUCAAAUUUCAGCGUGCCUUAUGAUCUUUGCAUGGAUCCUGUGUGCCUCCGUCGCCUCUGUGAUAGGACGUUACUUUCAGCCGUACUGGUGGGGCGAGAAAAUGUUCGGUAGCAAGCUCUGGGUGAAAGUCAACUGGCUGUUCGUCCUCCUCACGACCGCCACCGUUAUUGGGGCCUUUGCUGUCAUAUUCGUGGGUGUUGAUGGGAUCAGUCAAUUGUAUGAGAAUCCAGUCGCCAGCUUCACUGGAGCACAUCCUAUAAUGGGGCUAGUUGUUGCGCUUCUGGCUUUGUUAAAUCCUCUUCUGCUGUGUUUACGUCCGUCCGAGGAUUCCUCCGGCCGAGCCUUCUUCAACUGUCUCUACUGGAUCGUGGAGAUUGGUGCGCAUGUCCUCGCUGUGGUGACUAUCUACGCGGGCUUCGGGUUGGCAAGCUUCCUCAUUCCAUCUUUCUUCACAUUUCUCCUCAUCGGCUUCACCGUCUACCAGAUCCUGGUCCUGCUUUUCAUGGAGGCGCUCAAGAGCUACGACGCCAAAAAAACUAUUGACCGAAAGAAGCAGUUCCUGUAUGAGAUGCAGGUACGGCCAUGGACCGCCCGGAAGAAUAACAGUCUCGCCGCCUACAUGGAUCUCAACCACAGGAGUAAAGCCUUGAAGCAGACGGUACUUGCCGCGCAUCUUAUUUUACUGUCCGCGCUCACAACCACAAUGGUCGUCUUAAUCGUAAUCAAUGACCAGAAGUGACGUCACUAAAAUACCGCAUGCGUCAUUGUCGUUUUACUGACCGGAAGUGGGGCUAUUAUAAAUUACGUCAGUUUAAACGAAAGUACUGUUGACUGUAUUUUUUCAUAAUAACCAUGCAAUUUGAAGCGUGAAUAGUGUUCAUAUGAUUUUCGUAAAAUGUUGGGUCAGUUGCAGAAUGAAUGUGCUAAAAUAUUGUUUAUUACUUAAGUGUUAUUGUCGUGAGUUGUGUCUGUUUCAAAUCAAAUGUCCUUUGAAUAUGUUACUAUGACUUUUCAUUUAACAAGUAUGUUGUUAAAUUAUUUAUUGACAUUUUAGUCUUUGUGUGCAGACAUGUAUAACCCGUCGCAUUCAAUCCCCAAUGUCUCAUAUCUGGUACAUUGCCCUCUGUAAAUAUACGUGAUAAUGCAAUAA